UGUAAUAUAUAUAUAUACACACACAUACAUGCAUUUUUAAUUCUUAUUGGAGGUAAGUAUAUCUGCAUUCAAGAGUAUAUUUCUAAUUUCAAUCGUAUACAUAUGUAGUAUCAGUAGUUCCUCACCUAUAUAUGUACUCUAGAGUAUGAGUACACAUAUAGAGUGAAACUAUGUACCACAGCUUUGUAUGAUAAAACAUUUUGCCAGUUGAAGGAGAAGCAAUAUCAAGUAUAGUAGAAUUUAUCUACAUGUUUUUCUUUUCUUUUCAUGUUUCUUUCAUCUACUUAGCAGAAAUAUUGUUUAUUAAUAUUCAGAAGAUGCUUGAAUAACAAUAAUAUUCUCUUAUUACAAAUACUUGGUCAUUAAACGGUUCUACUCAAUGUUUUAGUAUUUGAUAUGACUUAAGUCAGUGGUGUACGACAAGCUAACUAGUUAAUAUAAAGGAAAAAUAAAUUAAAAAUAUGAAUUGAUAUUUCCACACAGGGUGCCUAACAGAGAUUGAGAGCUACAAUUCUAUUGGACCAUUCAUUUCAAAGUCUUGCGCUCAUUGGUUAAAUAUGGUAGAUACAGAGUUAAUAAAACGGGGGUCUCUAGAGCGUCAUUUUUGUAUUAAUCUUGCAAUCAUAUCAUCAUGUCUGGUCGUGGUAAAGGUGGCAAAGUUAAGGGAAAGAGCAAGACUCGAUCCAGUCGUGCUGGUCUUCAAUUUCCUGUUGGUCGUAUUCAUCGUCUUUUGCGAAAAGGAAAUUAUGCUGAAAGAGUAGGUGCCGGCGCUCCCGUCUAUCUUGCUGCAGUUUUAGAAUACUUGGCUGCUGAGGUUCUGGAGUUGGCUGGUAAUGCAGCUCGAGAUAACAAGAAGACCAGAAUCAUUCCUAGACAUCUUCAGCUGGCUAUAAGAAACGACGAGGAAUUAAAUAAACUGCUCUCUGGUGUCACUAUUGCACAGGGUGGAGUGCUUCCCAAUAUCCAGGCUGUACUACUCCCAAAAAAGACAGAAAAGAAAGCAUAACUUAUCCUUGACAUUGCCACCCACCCUCAAAAAAAGGCCCUUUUAAGGGCCAAAAAAUAUACCAAAAAGAAAAUGCUUAAUUGCUUGAAUUAGAAAGAGGCGACACAUGUACAAUUGUGUA